AUGGAUUUGGUUGGAGCCCAGUUGUUGUCAGUUGUACUUACUGUAGUUCCCAGGGUCUCCAGCUUCUGUCUCCUCGAUUCAUUUCUCUAUUUGUUGAAGCUAUGUUUGAAGUUAACGCUUCUUGUCAGUAUCAUAUCAGAAAUAUCAGAAGCUUUGGAGCUGGCGCAUGGAAGGCCUCCUCUCUCUCACCUUCCACCUUCCAAGUCCAUGAUGCUCAAGAUCACCAAGCGAUUUCGUUUCUCCGAUUUUGAUAAGUAUAGAAAGGGGAAUGGAAAGAAGUUCUCCAAGGCGUUCAAGGACAUGGUGGCUUCUUGUCUAGACCAAGAUCCUUCCAAAAGACCCACAGCUGAUAAGUUGCUGAAACACCCCUUCUUUAAAAACUGUAAGGGAACCGAUUUCUCGGUGAGGAACGUUCUCCAAGGGUUGCCCAGAUGUGGAGAAAAGGUAUAA